AUGAAGGAAAGUAAGAGUAAGCAGCCUGUUGAUUUUGACAUUUGCAAACGAAAUUUGCUGUUAAAACUAAAUCACGAGCUGGAUAAAUCAAAGAAAGGUUCAGUAGAUGAGCCAAUCGUCUCCCUUGUUGAGUAUCUCAAUCAGACAAAGGACUAUUGCACUACCUCAUCUUGUUCUGGUCGAUUCUCUAUUUUUUGUGCUUCUUAUGACGAAGAAAAGUCAGAACAAAAAGGCGGGAAAUGGCUCUUUGUUGAGCACAGAACUGUUACUCCAGAAGAAUUGCUGGAAGCAACUCGUAAGGAGCUUGAUCAUUGUAAAGGGGUAACGCUCUUCAAGUUAGAACCGUUUGUUUUGCAUGUUCAGUGCAGAGAUAGCGAGAAAGCUCAGGAGCUACUGAAUCUUGCGGUUGCUUCCGGAUUUCGGGAGAGCGGUAUCUUGCUUGGAAGAAGAGUCAUCUUGGGGAUUCGGACGACCGCAAAUAGUAUGGAAUUUCCGAUAGCAGAGAACGGAAAACUACUAGUGUCGGAGGAAUAUGUGCGAUAUGUUGUGAAUUAUGGAAACAAGAAGUUGGAGGAUAACUUUAGAAGAAUCCGAACUUUUUUUGAUGCUGUAAAUCUUUUAUUCAAUUGUAAUGUAAUGUAG